AAAAACAGACGAUGGCGUUACUGCAACUACUAUUUCUCGUAUGUGCCUCCAUAGCAAUUGUCGAAAGUAAAAUUAUUGAUAAUAUUCGGCACGAAGUUAGAAAAUUCCCCGAUGAAUUCCAAUUCGGUGCAGCUACUGCUUCUUAUCAAGUCGAGGGGGCUUGGAAUGAAGAUGGGAAAUCGGAGAGUAUUUGGGACCAUUUAUUACAUGAAAACCCAUGUUAUGUCUUGGACUGUUCAAAUGGUGACAUCGCAGAUGAUUCUUAUCACCAAUAUAAAAGAGACGUGGAGAUGAUGCGAGAGCUGGGCUUGGACUUUUACAGAUUCUCACUUUCCUGGACCAGAAUAUUACCAACUAGCUUUCCAGACAAAAUAAAUGAAGCAGGAGUUCAAUACUACAAUAAUUUAAUUGAUGAAAUGCUCAAGUACAAUAUCAAACCAAUGGUUACACUGUAUCAUUGGGACUUACCACAGAAAUUGCAGGAGAUGGGUGGAUGGACCAACCCUAAUAUUAUUGAUUGGUAUUCAGACUAUGCACGUGUUGUUUUCGAGUUAUUUGGUGAUAGAGUUAAAGAUUGGAUCACUAUAAAUGAACCUUAUCAAAUUUGCUACAAUGGCUAUGGAGACAAUUCGCUGGCGCCUUUUCUAAACAUUAAGGGUGUCGCAGAUUAUAUGUGUGCGAAAAACUUGUUGUUAGCUCAUGCUAAGGCAUAUCACAUCUAUGACGAAGAAUUUCGUCCAACUCAGGGUGGCUCUAUUUUCAUUUCUCUGAGCGCGCAGUGGUAUGAUGCGGAGUAUGAAGAAUUUGCAGUCGCCGCACAGGAAGCUAACGAUUUCUUUUGGGCUGUUUACUCGCAUCCUAUAUUUGCUGCUAGCGGAGACUUUCCUAAAUCUGUAAAAGUCGCUGUGGCUGCUAAGAGUAUUGAACAAGGAUAUCCUAGAUCAAGGCUGCCCGAAUUUACUGAAGAAGAAAUCGCCUACGUCCGAGGCUCUUCAGAUUACUUUGGACUUAAUCAUUACUCAACAAUGUAUGUGUAUCGAAAUGAAUCUACUUUAAGUUAUUAUGAGACGCCAUCAUUUAAUGAUGACCAUGGAGUUAUGACUUAUACCUACGAUGAAUGGAAUAUUGGUGAAUCGAAAAAAACGAACUUUGUUCCAUGGGGAUUUACUAAAUUAUUAACAAAAAUAAGAGAAGAUUAUGGAAAUCCUCCAGUCAUUGUCACAGAAAACGGUUUCGCUACAUACGAAGGACUAAACGAUGAAGACCGCGUCACCUACUACAAACAUUACAUCAGCGCUAUGCUAGACGCCAUGGACGAAGGAUCAGAUAUCCGUAGCUAUACAGCGUGGAGCAUAAUGGACAAUUUCGAAUGGACAGCCGGUUACACUGAACGCUUCGGUCUGUACGAGGUGGACUACGAUAGUGAGGAGCGCACGCGCACGCCACGCAAAUCCGCCUUUGUAUAUAAGCAGAUACUGCGCACGCGCGAGCUCGACAUGCACUACGAGCCCGACACUGACGUCAUGACCAUCGACGAGGGACACUGAACAUUUG